CUUUUACGAGCCGCCAUCCUCUGGGUCGGGCAAAAUCGAACGAAUGUCCAGUUUCGGCCUGAAAGCAGGAUAGCACGCUAUUUGUCACUGGAACAGAGGCAGUUGAGACUAGUUAUCACACUCCAUUUAGAUAACAUAUUCUAGUCAACCCACAACGUCUUGCACAUCUUAUGAUGGAUGAAAUUUGAUAUUUUACAGGCGAUUAUCGCUCGCUGUUGAAGGAGCUAGCAUACUGCAGCAUGUGUGUGACGUGUGUGGUGUGAGUGCUAUCUCAACUCUGCCCAACCGACGUUCAACAGGUCCCUGUCCUUGCAGACGCGAGUGACCGCUUCCCUUCCAAGGUUGGCUUUCUUAAGCUCACAUGAUGCACAAAAGCACAGAAUAUAUGAGUCAGAAUGUUUGACUUGAAAUAUCAUCCAUGGAUUAUAUAACUACUCUGGAUAUAUCUCGAGGAUAAAAAGCGCCAACACAUUGGCAAAACACCCUGAUGACAUCACAUCCCGACGUUGUGCAUAUAAUUCCAAACACGACACGGCACAUCUUCGGCAGCCUUGCAGGUUGGGUUGCCAACAAGUGACAAUCGCCGCAUGAAUCGCAUGAAUCGCAUGAAUCCCUUGGCAAUAAUAAUAGUAAAAAAGGGACUCGAUCCGUGGCAGUUGAGAGUCCGCUAACGGGAGGGCUGUGCCGGGACUGGAGAGCGCCAAGUGGGCUUCUUUUAACCCCAGCGUCGACCCAUCCGCAGCGGCUUUACAGAGCCUCGUUCGGCUGUUUCCCAACUGCUGGAGGCAGAUUCCCGCAGGCAAUACGAAUCGCGAAAAAUUCCUCAAGCGUUGAUUGUUGGAGAGAAUAUAAGGCCAUCGUGUCUCACCAUGCUUUAUCUUGCGCUCCAUUUAUCACCCGCCUGUUGCACCGUUUGUGCUUUUUUCUCUUUAUACUUGACUUCUAUUCUCUCAUCAUGCGAACCUCCUGCAUCCGCGCUUCGCUGUCAGUUUGAUAAGAAUACUUCAAGACUUUAAAUUUUUGUUAUUCAAGUUGAACUCAAGACGAUGCUGGUUGAUUAUGAUGGAGCCUUUGUGGUUGGCACUGGUAUCCCCUCCGGCGUCCUUCGAUUCGCUGGACAUGUAGUAUUGGGUAUCUACACGUCAUUGGCAUCAACUGCUUAUAAUUAUGUCAAGGACCAUGCUGCGAUUGUUCAGCAACCGCCUUUCCACCCAAAUACAUUUUACCUGAGCCAUCUUGCUUCAAAAUGGGUUCGUGCCAUAUUUCUUGCCACUUUCCUCUUCUCCUUGCUUCUUCCGUUUUAUUUUGCGCCAGCUUUGUCCGUAGAUACUAUCUUUCUAAUUCUAUGACCCUCCCUCCCCUUUCUGGUAUAGAGCAAAAUCGGAUUCUGGUGGAACUUUGCCAUGUGGAUACCGACCAUGCUCGCUCCGAGCCUUUAUGUCACAUUAAUCGGCCUGUUUGAUGCUGUUAUCAUGGUCUACUUUGCUAUCGCCACGGUGCGCCAGGCGACCUAUAUUCCCCAUUCCCUGGGGCCCUGCAGAAUCGCAGAAACCUGGCAGGUUCCCAUGAACGGCAACGAAAGUUACUUCCACGUUCUUGAAACUCUUCAUACCUAUCCGGACGAUCCUGACAUGAAUGUACCAUCUGAUAAAAUCUGUAAGGACUUUGUAUCCCAAUGGAGGUUUGGGAUUGGAUCUCUGGUCAUAUAUAUUCUAGUGUCAUUCUUCAACAUCAUUGUUAGCUUUGCUCUUUCAAUUGUUGGCGUUCGAUCGCGUAUGACCCCCGAAAGGAAACGAAAAGAGGCCUUUGUCCUUUCCGCAAUUAAAGUUAUCUUCUUCAUGGCAUAUAGCUUCGGCGGAACCCUCUUUCUGGCUUUCUGGAGUGCACUGGAUUUGUUGCCCAAUUCCGUACUCUCACGAUGCCGAUUUAGUGCUCGCUACAUGAACAAAAUGAGCCAAUUUGUCGCUAUACCCAUUCAGGACCGGCUACAGAAAUACCCUAUAUCGUUUCCAUUUUUCAAACGCUACCAGCCCCCUCCAGCGCCUAUGAUGGUUCAGGCCAAAGCCAAAAGCGAAAGCGCUCCACUGGCAAGGUUUCUACAUCUUGACAUACUGACCCUUGUCGCCCAACACUUGCAUUAUCAAGACCUGGUAAACUUGAGCCUGUCAUCAAAGGAAAUGCGCGAGACGGUUUUCCCAGAUGGCCAUUCUAGCGGCAGGCUAGGCAUACUUAGGAUAUAUGCUUGUGAUAACGCUACAAAAACUGGGUGCUUUGUAUGCCAGUUUCCAAUAUGCGGGUCAUGCGGAGACGUGAGGCGCUUUUCCCGACCCCAACUCGACCUGCUCCAUGAAGAAACCUGCAAGCCCUAUUGUUCCACCUGCUUCUUCAGAAAGAUCUGCACCCGUCCACGGUUCAACAGCAGGAGCUGUGAUCGGCAAAUUACACUCGCAGGUAAAUAUCACGGUUCAAGAGGCCGAUUCAGUCCCGAUAGUAUCGAAAACGAACGCCUGGUGUGUAGUUCUUGCAAACCGUUUCUCAUCUUUGAGUGCCUGGAACAACGGUAUGAGCGCGGCAAAGUCAAGAUGGAACGCAAACUUAGGCACAGUCAGUAUCGUGACGAUUUUGCGUGCAAGGGCUGCUCGAGGGCGUUGUCGUCUUGGGGUCCGAGGUGGUGGAUUUGUGAUGCUUGUGGUAGUGAGUGCACGGACCCUCUCCAUCCGCCCUGGGGUUUCAAAGUUGCCGAUACCACUGGGCAUGCAUUAUCAAAAGUUUGAUAAUGACUUGCUUGUUUCUCCUUUGCAAAUCCGUGUUGGUGGCUCUUUGAAUAACGAAUAUUCCUCUCACGACUUUAUUCUUAAUGUACAGUACUAUAGAGUUUGCAUACAGGCCGUACGGAGAAUAUAUAUAUAUAUAUAUAUAUAUAAAAUUAAAUACACGUAAUUAUUACAGGCAUAUAUACAUCCAUAUUUACCCCGUACUCCCUCCCACAGAGAAUUUCUGUACCGCCUUAAAUACAUACAAUAAAUUAGGGGGAAAAAAGGGGGGGAAAAAAGGGAAAAAAAGCAACUAUCAACACGCAGCUUACACCCAUCACUUCCUCUCAACAUAAACCACCUCGGCAUUUUCGCCCAUCUCAGCAUCCCUACCAUCCUGCCCACCACCCCCAACAUCCCCCUUCGCCCACUUCGUCUUCAAGCCCACCAGGCGCCUCCUAACCCAACUGGCGCCCCAGACCACGGCAAAGGUGAUAAGGAGGGCUGCAACAACGAUACAAAGGUAUUUUACCACAUUGGCUAUACGGCUGCCGUUGGGACCGGGAUUGAGGAAUGGAUAUACCCAGAAGCCUUCGGCGGCGUGGGUGAUGUAAGCGACCCCUAGGUAGAGGAGGAGGAGGAGGAUCAGGAAUGGGAAGUGAAGGAGGGGUGGUGGAGGUGCUGUUGAGAAGACGAUUUCGAACACGGCGAAGAUGGCUGGUAGGACGUGUUUGGAGAUCUGGGAUUUGGGGGAGGGGGAGAGAUAUCCUGUCAGCAUUAUAUCUAGUAUAUAUAUAUGAAUACAAAAAGAUAGACUGGGGCGGGGAUGUGGGGCAAGGGGGUAAGGGGCAAGGGGGAACAUGGGACUAACAUUUCCCCACACCCCGAGUUGGGACUGCACUGAGCCUGCCUUAUACAGCAGAGACCAAUAUAUCGCCACGACCACGAACGGGUAGCACACAAUGGUGGUAUAUAGCAGGCUGUGCAAGGCACGCAGCCAUCGGGGCCACUUGUCGAACAGCACGGAUCGUCCCUGGCGCGCAUAAAGGACCGUAUGGAUGCCGGCAACGAGGAAGUAUACCAAAACUCCUAGGAAGGAGAGGGAGGUGAAAUAGCUGAAGGAUCGCGCAUCAUCGAUCGCGUGGCCGCUAGCGCCCUCCACCGCGAAUGAAAUGACGGCGGUUAAGAUGCAGUAGAAGAAGAUAGUCAGGCGUAGGAUGCCGAAGACGAGUGGGUAGAAUAGCCAGGAAGUUUCGAAGUGGUGGAGUGGGUCAUUCGCGGGGUCUGCCCCCAUGAGAACGUUCAUGGACGGCAUUCUGGGCGCCAAAAGCCGUUGUAUCUGUGUAUAUAGAUAUAGAUAUAGAUAUAUAUAUCUAGAUCUAGAUCUAGAUCUUUCCCUCGAGUUCCAGUAAGUCUAGCGUUGGGCUUAAACCGUGCGGGUGCAGCAACUACGACUACGUGGCGAGUUUAUAU